AUGUCAAACAUAACCUCCUCUAUCAACGAAGUCCCAGUGACAAAACAACGAACACCACGUGCUACCAUCGCUGCUUCUCGCGAGAAACCAGAUGGCACACCAGGUCGAAAUAUCAGGAAUCGAACGGUUCUUCAACAACAUGUUGACUUUUUCGACACUGACAGAGAUGGGAUUAUUCGACUCUUUGACACGUAUCGAGGAUUUCGGGCUUUAGGUUUCAACGUAAUCUUCUGUCUCUUGGCUGUAAUAGUGAUUCACGGAUCUUUUUCGUGGAUAACUCAACCUUACUGGAUUCCGAAUCCUGCUUUCCUAAUUUAUACCGACAACAUUCACAAAGCGAAACACGGAUCUGACUCGGAAACGUACGAUUCAGAGGGUCGUUUUAUCCCAGAAAAAUUUGAAGAAAUUUUCUCAAAAUAUGAUCAUGACAAUAAGGGUGGAUUGAGUCUUAUGGAAAUGUUUAAGAUGAUAUACGGAAAUGCAAAUGUAGCAGACUUUUUCGGUUGGUUUGCAAUGUUCUUUGAAUGGGGUACUGCUUGGCUAUUAGCAAAUAAGAAUGGCAUUUUGUACAAAGAAGAUAUUCGUGCCCAAUAUGAUGGUUCACUCUUCUACAAAAUUGCCGAAGAACGCGCAAAAAAACGAAAAUCUCAUUUCAACGGUCAAUAUGAAGAAACAAUGGCUCGUGGAAAACAAAAGGAGUAA